AAGAAAGAAAGAAGUAAGGGAUGAUGAAGUUGCGUUACAACUACUCUUUAUUAGCUUUAUUCUUCCAUCGCCCCCACACUCCGACAUCACAUUACCCCCCAUUUCCUCUUUUCAUUUUCAUUUUCUUCAUCUUCUUCCCCUUCCUCUUACAAUGGCAGAAGCUCAAUGCAAAACUCCCUAAUUCCCUUUUUCUCAUUCAUCCCCAUGGCGCCAAUACUUCCCCCAUCUCUCCCCAACAAACUCCUCCCUCUUUUCCUGAUCCUCCUUCUCCACCUCGGCUGCUUCCUCCUCACCACCUCCCCCUCCCCCCGCCCCCGCCCCCGCCCCCGCCGCCGCCCCCGUCCUCCCCCCUCCUGCUUCAAGCCCCGCAACUCCCUAUCCUCCUCAUUCUCCUUUCUCAAACGAAUCUUCUCCUCCAAAACCUGUACCAUGGCAAUCCAGACCGCUCCCCCUCCUUCCACUCCCGCUAGAUCAUCCCAGCACUCCAUCCUCACCCUCGUCCAACCGGAGAUUCCUCCUCCUUCCCCCGCCGUGGAGACUCAUCCUCAGGAUUCAGAUAUCACUGCGUCAGAGACUGAUCAAUUCUUCCCCCUUCGUAACGAUAUCUUCCCCUGUACUGCUUGCGGUGAGAUUUUCCCCAAAUCGCAACUCCUCGAACAGCAUCAAUCCAUCAAACACGCCGUAUCAGAGCUUGCCGAUUCGGAUUCCGGCAAGAAUAUCGUUCGGAUUAUUUUCGAAACCGGAUGGAGGAGUAGAGAAAAAAGCCCCAAAAUCCUUCGAAUCUUGAAAAUCCACAAUAGUCAGAAGAUUCUCUCCAGAUUUGAAGAGUAUAGAGAAUCGGUGAAGGCGAAAGCGGCCAGACACGGUGGCGUUAAGCGCCGGGAUGAGAGGUGCAUUGCGGACGGGAACGAGCUCUUAAGGUUUCACUGUUCGACGUUUUUAUGCGAUUUGGGACAAAAUGGAAACUCAAGUAUUUGCGGGCAGCAAUUUUGUAGUAUUUGUGGGAUAAUUAAAUCGGGAUUUUCACACAAGUUGGACGGAAUUUCGACGGUGGCGAGUAGCUGGAGGGCACACGUGGCGAUCCCAGAGGACAUCGAGGAGGAAUUCAAGUUUCUCAACGUGAAACGGGCGAUUUUGGUCUGUCGGGUUGUGGCGGGUCGGGUUGGGUGCGAUGCCGAUGAGCCGGAAAAAGACGGCGGAGGGUUUGAUUCCGUGGUCGGAAGGAGUGGGAGUGGGGCCCAGUCCACGUUGGAUGAAGAAGAGCUUUUGGUUUUUAAUCCCAGGGCUGUGCUCCCCUGCUUCGCCAUUGUAUACGAAAUCUGAGGAGCUGAUCCUUCCUUCGGUUGACGUUUGAUUGGUUGAUUGAUUAGUUUUUUUGCAUUUUUUCUUUUUUUAAUCUUGCUUUUCAUGUGAUUUGUAGUGGCGAAUGUUAAAAUAGGUACUUUUUGUUUUCUUUCUUUUUUUUUGGUUUCAUGAAAGUGUAUGUAAUUAUUAAUUUAUUAUUAUCAGUCUAAUUUCCCUACUGUUUGUUUCA